GCUACUGGUAAAGAAGUGGGAUUUCAGGCCAACUUUUAAGCUUCGCUUCAUUACACGAACUUCAUAUGUUGCAAUUACCAUGUUUGUCGGAAUCACAUUCCCUUUCUUCAGUGGUCUCCUUGGAUUUUUCGGAGGAUUUGCUUUUGCCCCAACAACAUAUUUUCUCCCUUGCAUAAUGUGGCUCGCCAUCUACAAACCAAAGAGAUUCGGCUUAUCCUGGUGGUGCAACUAUAUCUGCAUCUUCUUUGGUGUUCUUUUGAUGGUUCUAUCACCAAUUGGGGGGCUGAGAUUAAUCAUAGUUCAAGCCAAGACCUACGAAUUCUACUCUUAA